UAGAUGAUAACGUGGAGUACAUGAUUGGAGGUUAUAUCAGCAACAGCUGAUUUUGACAGCAUUGGUAUACUACUUAACCUGUUUAUUCGAAUAGAUUACUGCAACGUUUGCCUAAAUAAGGGGAAAGAAAGAAUAUGGUUUUCAAAAGAAUAAAUGCUAUAUGCUCGUUAAUAUUGUAUCAACGAAGAGAUUAUUAUAAUAAAUUUCGACACCAUGCGUUAUUUAUCGGAGCUGCUGUCCCCUUCUUUACUCAGAGUGAUAGUAAUGACACAUCAAAUUUUAUGGCAAGCCCAAUAACUCCAAUGGAACAAUUACAAUCCAAUCCGACAGAUAUGAAAACGCGCAUGGAGCUUAUGAUUAUGAAAGUGCAGGCGGAGUUUUGUAAAGCUUUGGAAAAGGAGGAAAAUAGUUCACACAAAUUUCUCGUCGAUAAAUGGCAGCGAAAGGAGGGUGGUGGUGGUAUCACCUGCAUUCUGCAAGAUGGCAAAGUUUUGGAGAAAGCGGGUGUCAACAUAUCGGUAGUAUCGGGACAUUUACCUCCCGCUGCUGUGAGUCAAAUGAGGUCGAGAGGGAAACAGCUAAGUGAAGGUCAACUCCCUUUUUUUGCGGCUGGAAUAAGUGCAGUUAUACAUCCGCGGAAUCCACAUGUGCCUACGAUUCAUUUUAAUUACCGCUAUUUCGAAGUGCAAGAUGGCACAAAUGUCCAAUGGUGGUUUGGUGGUGGUACCGAUUUAACACCAUACUAUUUGAAUAACGACGACGCAAUUCAUUUUCAUAAAACGUUAAAGGAAGCCUGUGACAGACAUAGUAAUACGUAUUAUCCAAAGUUCAAGAAAUGGUGUGACAAUUAUUUCGAUAUACCACAUAGAGGAGAGCGGCGUGGUGUUGGGGGAAUAUUUUUCGACGAUUUAGAUGAGCCCAAUCAACAUAAAGUUUUUGGUUUUGUAACUUCUUGCGCUAAUGCGGUGAUUCCAUCAUAUAUGCCUUUAGUUGCUAAGCACAAAGAUGAGAAGUACUCUGAAAAGGAACGACAAUGGCAGUUAUUACGAAGAGGACGAUAUGUUGAGUUUAAUUUGGUGUAUGAUAGAGGCACAAAGUUUGGAUUACAGACACCUGGUGCGAGGUAUGAAAGCAUUAUGAUGUCACUUCCUCUUGAAGCUAGAUGGGAGUACAUGCACGAGCCUGAUCAAGAUUCGAGAGAGUAUAAACUUCUAGAGGUACUCAGAACACCUAAAGAUUGGGUAUAACUUGUUAUAUUAAUGAUAAAUUGUUAACUGUGCAAUUAUAUUUUUUGUAACGUU